AUGGCGGGCUGGGCGCUAUGCAUGGCCCUGGUGCUGUCAGCCCUGGCCGGGGCGGUGGGCGAGAGCCGCUAUGAGAAGUUCCUGCGGCAGCACGUGGACCACCCGCAGACAUCCUCGCUCACGGCGCACCGCUACUGCGAGAUCAUGCUGGCGCGCCGGCGGGUGACGGCCCCGGGGCGGCCCUGCAAGCCCUCCAACACCUUCGUGCACGCACCGGCCAGCGAGCUGGUGGCUGCCUGCACCCAGACGCCUGACGCGGCGGGGUUCCGCAGCACCCCAACGCCCAUGGGCCUCACGGCCUGUCGCCUGCGGGGGGGGGACACACGGCCCCCCUGCACCUACCGAGCCCGGCAGCUCCAGCACCACGUGCGUCUCGCCUGCCUCGACGGGCUGCCUGUGCACCUUGCUGGCACCCAUGCACCCCCACCCCGUGAGGCUUGAUGGGGGGGGGGGGGGGGGCUGUAGGUGGGGACGUGGAUUCUCUCUCCCACUGGGUCGAACUAGACUCCGUUAGGGUCUGCAAUAAAGGAGGUGACACAG